AUGGCCACAGCUCAAACACCGUCACCAAAUGGCGCUGUUUCUAAACUAGUGGCAGCGCAAUUGAGAAUGCAUACACAAAGUAGCGAUGGGUUUGUCCGUCCUUUGUGGCUAACAGAUCCACCUAUCGAAGGCCAAGAAUUGUUUUUUGAAGGAGUUCCAAUGAUUGAGCUAAACGAAAAGCGUUCUACCGCCUCAACAGUAGAAAGACCCAACUGCUUCAGAUCCUUGCGUCACAAAGUCAAUGCACCUAGCGAAGUCAACGGUUGCAUGUUAAAUCACGAAAGUAAACUUGAAGAAUCGCUGAUGAAAGCAGUUCAAGAGGGGAACGUACAAGUUAUUGAAGUUCUAAUUGAUCAUUAUCUCCAGCUUUUUAACUUGGAGGAUUUUUAUGAAAAUAACGUUUCCACGAAUUUAGGAACCGCGGGCAAUUCCCGAAAAACUCCAGUAAAUUUUUUGCCGUUGGUAGUGGCUGCGCAUUUUGGGAAAUAUGAGGUUCUUAAACUUUUUAUAUCCAAAGGUUUUACGUUGGAAAAGCCGCACGACGUCUUAUGCGAGUGCUGCAGUUGCCAAGAAGAUUAUUUUAGACAAUCGCAAAAACGCCUUGAUGUUUACAGAGCUAUGGCAAAUCCGAUGUGGAUUUCGUUAACGGGAAGUGAUCCCUUUACAACAGCGUUCAAGCUAAGUCGCGAUUUAAAAACGUCCGCAAAACAAGAGGACGAAUUCGAGAAGGAUUACCUGGCGUUAUCGUUGCAAUGUAGCCAAUUCGCACUGGGGCUUCUAGACGAGUGUAAAACAUGCAAGGAGCAGACCACUGUGUUAAAUUUCCCGGGAAAUGAAGCCAGCGAAGAGGAGUUCGCCGAAGAAGCAUUAGGAUUACUGCACCAUGCUAUUUCUUACGGUCAAAAAGAGGUAAGCAUUUUAUAAGAGAUAAUCAAAUUAGCUAAGAAGUCGUGAUAAAACAGGUACUUCAGCCAAGAAAUUGCGUUUUGGUUUGAAUGAAUCUUCGUAUUUACAAAACGUGUUUCUGUUAGCUUUAUUUAAUCAAUUUUGCGGUCUGAGUCGUAUAACUCUUUAGUACAUUUCCAUCAAUCCUUGUGUUUAGAACCCGACACCUAAUCAGUUACAGAAUUUCAUUGUGGAUCGUAUCCUAUUCAGUGAAAUGUAAUAUCCAUAAAAGACCUUUAAUUCAUAACAUAUUACUGAUUUUUAUGCUCAAAGCAAUUUUUCCCCGUACAUUUGCAUAAAACAAAUAUUCGCUUCCGCACUUAGCGGGAUCGAAACCCACCAUGGCGACUAGUGAAAACUCCCACAAAAUGUCCAUUUCAGAAAAUGAAAUAUAUCUGCAACUGAAAAAGUGUUCAUAUAGCUUUUAUUAUUCGGUAGACAGAAGCAAAAGAAAAACGAAAGUUUUUCGCAAAAAUUUGAUUUGUAGAACAUUAACUCUGCAUAAGGCAUAACUGGCUUUUUAUUAGCGGUUUUUUCCACGACGGGAGUUUUUACAAGUUUAAACUCACAUGUAUGCAUCGCUAGGAAGCCAUAGCGUUGUAAAAAAGCAAAUGAAAUGCAAUGUACACUUGUGUUCUUACAACCAAAAAUAAAAAAGAGUGCGACUCAGAUUUAUUUGACAGAUUGACACGAACAUGACGAAGAUAGUUUCUUCGUCAUCAGUGAAGAACAAAUAAGUUGUGAGAGCGUUUAUGUGAAAAAAAAAUAAAAAAAAAUAAAAAAAAUUAAAAAAAUUAAAAAAGGGAUAGUGUCCAAACUUCAACAUGUUUGCAUAGUAAAGGUAAGUGACAUCACAAAUUGGAGGCAGCAAAUGGUAUUGGCGUUAAAAGAAGCAUUGAAAAAUCAAACUCAAAAUGUAAAAUAUUCAGAAAUACAACGUUUUAUUUCUUUAAUAGCUGAAUAUUAAACUCGAAACGAACAACUUGACAGGAUAGGGGAGUAAAAGCAACCUGUAAUUGGCUGUUUUUUAUUGAUUAUCAUAUUUUAAAACCUUUUCUUAUCCCCGCAGACUAGAAAUCGUUAUUAAUAACCUCAGCGCCGGGAAAAUAAAAAAAGUUUAAUUAUUAUUCCGGAGACAAAAGACUGAUGCCAUGCAGUCCGAGUUUAUAAAGAUACGAUAUAAUUUGUUUUUGAGAUUUAUCAUAUACGCAAUAUGUACACAUUGUAGAAAAAAAAAGUCUUCGAAUUUCUUGUUCUAAAAUCCAUAUCUGCUACCAGAUAGAUAUUCCAUUAGUUUUAGUUGUUUUUAUUUUUCAAGCGGUUUCUUCACAAAGGAAAUACGACAGGGUAAAAGAAGCAGGUGUCAUUUCUGUAUGCUUUACUAUAAAUGUUGAAAAAUACCUUAGAUAAGAAUAAUAAUUUCUGGUGUCUAUGUUAACUUGGUAAUCGGGUUUUUAAAUACAUUUUUUGGGCACAUCUUUAAAGUCUGUUUCUUCGGAUCGAUCUGGUUAAUAAGCUGUUCGGCUUUUUUGCAAAAGCCAAUACUGCUCAUAGAAAAAAGAAAUAAUUAAAGAAACCCGAAUCUUUAAACAUUUCUAAGACUGCCUGAUGCCGGUUAAGACACACGCAUUAAUAAUUUAUGCUUUUAAGUGUGUCAACUUGUGGCAUAAUUUUCUUAUUUUGAUAAUUGCACAAAUUGGAAAUAAGUCAAAUUUGUCAGACAGAUAAAUUUCGACUGCUAAACUGAUAAAUAGUUUGUCUUGGAAAUUUCAAAAGAGAAAUAACCUUCACUGCUAGCUAUAAACGGAAAACAAUCUGCAUUUAAAAACACUUUUUGAUUUAAGACGUUAAGUACCUAUUUACGGGGAUCCGAUUUGUGUUUUUCGUCCUAAGUAAACUAUCAAUAUCAAUGGGUGAAUCUCAAUUCUGUUUGUUUCUUAACAGCGAAUUAUCAUAAAGAUGGAUGACUUGAAAUUUUUACUUUCUUUUUGGCCAAUUUUCAUAGAUUUUUUUUGUUCAAUCCUUUUCUACAUCUUUGUGACUUCUGAUUUUUAACAUUAUUUUAUUCACCAUGCCAUUUGAUUAUCGUCGGAAGAGAAACCCCUUACUGCCUAUAAACAAAAAUCUAAUGUUACUCUGAAUAAACAUCCACUUAUGAAUUUUUCAAUAAUUCUCACAAUGGUCAUGCAUUGUUUCUGCCGAUGUCGGAACUAAUAAAAGUGAGAACAUUAACCUUUUUUUCACUUUGAUGGCGUUGUUUACAGAUCUUUUACAGGAAUCACCUACAAGUUUCUUUUUAAUCUUCAUAGUCUCGCUGUUUUUCUUCUCAUUUUACUUUGUUAGUUUCUUCAUAGUUUUCACGUUAGUUCGCUGAUAAUGAGCAUUUCUAAUAAUAUUUUUUCUAGAAAAUUGCAACGGGCGGGAAUCCUUUUUUUCAUUCAAUACCUUUUGCAUGAAAUGCGCACGGAAAUAUAUUAUAUUUUUAUUUGUUCGCUGGAAAAUGAAAUCGACAUUGUUCUAUAAAACAUCUGACAUCCUUCCAUUUUUCCAACCCGACCCUAAAUAUUAUAAUUUUCUGUAAAAGCUAUCUCAGAAUAUUUCAUGAGUUAUGCUAAACGCAAGCAUUUAGCCCCGGGCUUCAAUUAUUUUGUUGGUGAUCAUUAUCGCAUCCUGCUUUUUACCUAUAUUUGCGCCGCUCAGCUCAGUGUCAAACCAAACAAAGGCAUUGCUAUGACAAAUCAAUUAACGUUUCUUUGUAUAUACAGCGGAACCACUUCGUUAAACGGUUUCAUAAUUUCGAGGAUAUUUCCGCCGUUCUCUAUACACACGUUAUUUAGAAAGAGGCCUUCAAAAACUCGAUUUCAGCCAAGGAAACUUAGUCACCGUCAGCACGAAUCCUUUAUUGUUUGAAAACGGUGAUUUUUUUCUCCGCUUUGGCUUGCCGUUCACACUAACCCAGUGAACGGUCACCCCGGGCCGGAAAACGUAUUUUUUUCCUAAACGCUCUUUAGAGUGGAGUGUUUUGAAAACGCGGACGAUUUUCGAAUACGGUAAUGUCAUACAUCAUACAGCGCAUGACCUGUAACACAUUAGGGAAUUUUUGCAAUGGCGACGGCGACGGCAACAAGAACGUCAAAACAGCAACUGAAUAGGUAUAUUAAGCAAAACAAUAAGUUUGUACGUGCAUCACGCUUUUUUGUUCAUUUCUUUGCCGUUACUGCACGACUACGACGUGAAAAUGCCUAAUUUCCAGUUUUAUUGAGGACGUAAACAAGCGCGGACGAAAUCUUCAUUCAGUAUCUUUUAACUUGAGUGACAGCAACGACGACAAAGUUUGAAAAAACGCUUAUUACUUUUGAAAGUGACGUUUUCGCUCCCGUUGCCGUCGCCGAUGCGAAAACUCCAUAUUGUAUUUCCAUUGUCUCAGUGUUUCCUAAUGGACAGGCGAAUUCUGUUCAAAUGCAUGCAUGACGCUACGUGUGAACGCGUAGUUUUUCGAAAACGGAGAAUAAAAUCUCCCUUAAAAAAUAUCCAGAUGCAUGUGGACGACGCCUCAAAUUAAAAAAAAAUAAAAAAAUAUCUCAUGGUAGGUUCCUAUCACAAAUCUUAUCUUCACGUGUUCCACGUAACAGAGAACGUUCCUACGUUUUCCGGUGAAUUUGUCGGACGACUGAAAGUCCAUCUGUCGAAAUAAAAGAACUCGCUGUCACCCACCGUUUAUUUUGAAUUUAAACCCGGCUGGCAAUCGUUAAUCAGUAAUUAAAAAGUUUGUAUAUGUUGUGGUUCAAUUUUAUCCUUGGUUUAAAUUUUAUUUUCCUUUGUUUCAAACUCAUUAUCAUACAUUACCAUGCCCCAUAUGGAGGAAAGUAAAAUUUAAACCAAGGAUAAAAUUGAGCCACAAUAUAUCCAUCGCGAAGAGUGUGCUCAAUUCAUAUUUUCAUUAAGCAUUUCCAGAACCUUCAAUGCAGAACGCGAGAGAAACGCGAGGGGUGUGCGAGGAGGGAGGGUUCUCCCUUCUUCCUCUCGCGCCCAAAAUCCCCUUUCCAUUCCCCUUUGAACGCCUGGCACGUAGGCUAAAUAUUGGGGGACCUUUUUGCGUUCGUUAUUUCCCUUUCGUAAAUGGUCGAUGGCAUUUUUAACGGUCGAUGCCACCAUUGGUAACCAGGAGGUAACCAAGCCUUAAGUCGUGAUAGAUGUAACAUGGUCUAUGGAUUGGUUUCAAAAUAUGGCAAAUAAAACAAUUUUGAAUAGUUCUAGAGAGAACGACGUUGAAGCCCAAGUUGAAUUUUUAAUACGUUUAAAGUUAUGGAAAGGGCUAGAGUCACCUGUUAUUGAUGUAUCAGUUAAGAAAAGACAGCUGGAUAGUAUGUGUAGUUAAAUUAUUCGGGUUUUUGGCGAGUAGGGAGAGAGAUUAGGAUACGAAACGUCCGGGUUCUACCCUUGGUUGCGAUUAUCUUCCUUUUUAAUUGAAACAUUCCCAAUUCAAAGUAGACAGACUGCAAAUUAUUGUAGUUGCUAAAAAAUAUAUCUACGCCCAACUGUUCAUCAGUAGGAUCCCUAAAAUAACAGUACAAAAUUUUCUAAGUGUCUUGAAAAUUGCAGCGACCGUGUACGAAAAGAACAACUGCGAUGGCCAUGACAACGAGAAGCUCAAAAAAGCAAUAUGUUUAAGCAUAUCAUAGCAAAACAAAAACGGAACAAAAUUCUGUCUGUGUUGUAGCGACCUACAAGGAAAACAAUUCGUAAAAAAUUGUGUUACUUCCGAUUACCUCCAAAUUUGGCUCAAAGGAAGUUAAAAGAUUUAGCCAAUCACACACCGAGUUUUAUGCCAUAUAAGGCAGUGGUCAUAGCGUGCGAAUUUUUGAAAGUGAGAGUGCAAUGGCGUCCAGUAGCAGAAAUUCACGCAAGCAAACGUUCGAUAUCGAAAAGGCUGUUCGGCGAGUUUUAGAGGAAGAAACUGACAAUGGAGGGAUGCCAAGUGAUGAAGAAAGCGAUCUGGAUAACCAGCUUUAUGAUUUGGAUAACAACUGGAGGUAAGUGAUCAGUUGAAGUUUCAUAAGACCAGAGACUCAAAAUGAGAGUUCAAUUUUGAAGAGAAAAUAUGUAUGAAAAUACUACAAAAUACGAUCUAAGUUAUAUUUUUUUGAAAAAACUUCACAAUAAAAAUGAUUCAGCUUGUGUUUGUGUUACAUGUUUUACUGUCUGUUCACUUCCAGAGCCUGUUUAGGAGCCGUUUUAUAGAGUUUUAAAUCUAAAACUCUGGAUAAAAGUAUCAAACGGCAUCCAAAUGGCUCUAGAAGCGAACAGACGGUAAAACACACAACACAAACACAAGGUGAGUCAUUUUUAUUGCGGAGGUUUUUCAAAACAUGUGAUUUAGAUCGUAUUUUGUUUAUUUUCAUACAUUCUGUAACAAAAUUCAAAUUCCAACGGACUCCCAUCAAAGUCUGGGCCGCCAGGCUGUGAUAACACUCACUUCUCAUGAAUUGUCCUAAAAAUUUAGAAAUAUGCCGUUUUAGAUCAGCGUUUUGCGACCGAAACUUGUAUUAUAGUUGAAACAGAUCUCCAAAUUUGAAUUUGUGUUCGUAAAGCUCCAUUUAUUUGGCCAAAGGUAUACUUUUUUAUUAUAAUAUUUUGCGACUUACUCGAAGGGACGCAUAAAUCACGUGGGGACGCGAACCUUGCGUGGAUCUCAAAUACCACUCAAUUAUUUCGAAUUUCCUCCUAGUAACGCCAGAAUUCUCAUAUUUUUCUACCUCAAUGUUCAAUGUGGUGUUUUUUCGGCUUUCCAAAAAAACCUUCCUAUUUUUUUUUGCAAAGUUUGAAAUAUUUUAUAUAAUUUUUUUUUUCAGUUGUUUAGUUGAGUUUAGUGAUGAGAAAAUUUUGUUUCUUUUUUCUGUUUAUUGCCUCGGCGUUUUUAUGGAUAUAUAUAGUUUUAUGUUUUGUUUAUUUAAUUCUCAAAGUGAUGAAGAUGCUGGAAGUGAUGAUGAUGGUGCAGGCAUACCAUCUGUUGUGUUGGCUGCUCCCACAACACCUGCACCUCCUGUAACGUCAGCUGCUUCUGCAGCUCCCCCAGCUGCACCCCUGGUUGCAGAAGAAGUGCAAGAGAUUCUUUCAGGUCAGUAUUAUUUCAUUAUCAUUGUAAACAGUAAUUCAAUACAGUUGGUACUUAUAUUGUAUGCUCUUAUUGUCAUUGAAUCAUCAUUAUUAAUAAAUAUGUUUGUUUUGGUUAGGUCCUCAUCCUCCAACCAGGUUCCACAGCUCAGAUACUCCUCCUGCACGACCUGGUAAGUAAUUAAUUUUAUAGUUUACACAGCAUAUAAUUUUUAAAAGUCAAAGGUUGUUUGUUGUCAUUUAUAACUGAAGUAGUGACAUGUAUGUUUAUGUUGUGCAGCUCGCACUGUCUGUGCUGCAGAUCAGCCUACUAACCGUGGUGCUGGUCGUGGCAAAGGCCGUGCUGCUGGUCGUCGCAGAGGUCGUGGUGGUGCUGCUGGUGAACGCUGUGGUGAUUCAGAGGAUGAGGCUCCCUACCUGAGCUAUGAUGACCCCGAUGUUCCGAAUCCUCUUCCGCCUUUUGUCCCAGGACGUGAUGUUGGUUUUCAGCUCCGUGGCCGUCAUUUGAGGAACACCAUGACAAGGGCUAUUGAUUUUUUUGACCUUUUUUUUACUGAUAAAAUGAUAGGUGACAUAGUUAGACAUACUAACAGUUACGCACAGGAAAAGGUCUUUUCAGGUGAAGGCUCUUCGUAUACCCAGUCUGAUGGCAGCUGGAAGGAUGUGACUGCUGAUGAAAUCAAAAGGUUUAUUGCCCUAUUGAUUCAUUUCGGUGUUGUUCAUGUCCGAGGUGAUGUCCAAAAGAACUGGAGCACGAAGACCCUUUACCAUGGUCUAUGGGCUCGUGCAAUCCUUUCCCGACAGAAAUAUUUUGCAAUCUUAGCCAUGUUGCACGUAGUUGACCCGGCAACCAAAACACCUGGGAAUAAGCUGUGUGAUGUGGAGUCUUUUGUUACUGAUUUUAAAAAAAAAUGUAGUGAAUUGUACCAGCCAAGGCAACAUGUGGCUAUCGAUGAGCGCAUGGUGAAGUCUAGGCACAGGUCAGGGUUUCGCCAAUUCAUCAAGGAUAAGCCCACCAGAUGGGGAAUUAAACUCUGGGUACUGGCAGAUAGCUCAAAUGGCUAUACCAUUGAUUUUAACAUCUACAUUGGUAGAGCUGCAGGGCAGGAUGUCAGUGAACAUGGGCUUGGCUAUGAUGUAGUUAUGCGUCUCAUGUCUCCCUACUUCAAUCGGGGUUACCAUCUGUUCGUAGACAAUUUCUACUCAUCCCUUAUCCUUUUCAAAGAUCUAUUUGAUAGGGGUGUCCUUGCCACUGGUACCAUUUUAGAGACUAGACGUAGUUUCCCAGCCACUCUUAAAAACAGCAAAGAGUGGGCUAAGGGUAAGGAGCGGGGUUGUAUGCGCUGGGUGAGGGACCCUCCCUGUUUAGUUUUGCAGUGGGUGGAUAAUAAGGUGGUGUCCAUGAUAACAACUGUGGGCAAUGCAAAUGACCACGUCCAGGUGUCCCGGAAAGAAAGAAAUGCAGGUUCAUGGACUGAAAGACUUGUUCAACAGCCUCAAAUUUUUCAGAUGUACAACAAGAAAAUGAAUGCAGUUGACAGGUCGGAUCAGAUCCUUUCCUCAUUUAACAUCCAGCGUAAAUCUAUGCAGUGGUGGAAAACUUUGUUUUAUCACCUUAUUGAUAUUGCUGUGGUCAAUAGUUACAUUUUGUUUUUAGACCACCAGGCUAGGUUUCCAGACGAGCUCGAAAGACCGGCUGGAUAUUCACAAUGUGAUUUUCGAGAUGAACUUGUGAGGCAAAUUUGUGAUUUUGAUGAAUAUGGUGACCCCCCUGUCCAUACUAGUGGGAGACCAAAGGCUCAACCUUCUUUGUUCAAAACAGAACAUCUUCCCGUUUUUACGGAAGAAAGGAGAACCUGUGUUGUUUGUUACAAACAGGAAAAAGUGCAGAGAAAGGUUCAUUCCUAUUGUGCUGCACCACAAUGUGAGGGUAAAUACAUGCAUCUCAGCAAGGACCGGCAUUGUUUUCAGAUUUUUCACAGUGAAGAAUAUCAAAGCCAAUAAUUCUUUAGCUCUCUGCUGCAUUUUUAGUCUAUCUCAGAUGACACUGAAAAUAAGAAAAAAAAUUUAAAACUUAUAUAGAAAAAAAAAAAGUUAAAAGCUGUAUUAAAAUUACUCAGCGGCAUGAUGGUCUAAAACAAAAUGUUUUACUGUUUUUGUGAGAUUAACUUAACCUUGGUUUUGUUUCUUAUCAGGUAGAUGUAGAGGGCAUUAUAUCACAUUUAGGGAGUAUCUGAGUAUUUGUGUCAUUUUAUAUAAGUUUAUGAGACAACACCCUUUUAGAUAUGCAAAAAAACACAAAUAUGUAUAUCUAAAUAUAUUAUUUAUUGCAAGUUUUUAUUAAUUUUAUAUAUUUUGUAGAAUACAAUCAACAAUCUUUUCCGUAGCCUGCCAAAUGUUGGCAGGGGUGGUGGUGGGUUUUUUUUUUUCAAAAUAUCUUUUCAAGCUUUAUUUGAAGUCUGGCAUUUUGAGUUAUUUAUUACGAAAAAUGAUCAAAAUCCUGUCAUAGUGGGUUGUUAGGGGUUUAGACGGGCUUUUUGCACCAUCUUACAUCAUUUUGAUAUAUAACCCCCACCCCUCUGAUAUGUACCCACAGGAAAAAAAAAUUGAAAAAAAGGUAUUUUUUUACCAUGAGUAGGUGUCCCAAGAAAAUUGUUAAAGAUUGUAUAUUUGCUUCUUUUCAGGGAGAUUUGGCAUGCAGUUGGUCAGAAAAAAAAUGCAAGAAAUUCAUUUUCAACAUAUCUUGCAAGUACACUUCAUUUUGGACUACAUGGCGUUCUUUUUGAAUUUGUUUACAUUAAUUAUGCAAUUUUUUUUUGACUGAAUGUGUUUUGGAAACUGUAUUGAAUGUCUGGAGAGUACACAGUGUUUUUUGUACAGCUACAAUGUAAUUUAUCUUUUUCAAAUGGGAUGUAGUCUAAAACACUGCUGUAAAUACCUGUAGAUAAUUUAUAUUAAUAAAAAUGUCGAAGUCGUCAAUUUUAGCCUGAUUUUUAUGUGAAGACGAUGAGUCCUAGAUUAGCGCUAAUCGGCCUUCGAGGAAGCGGACCCAGAUGUAUACAUGGUUACCUGCAAUAUACUGUUUGGGGUUAACCCUGCGAUGGAUUAGCAUCCCAUCCAGGGGGGAGUCGCAAUAAUCCUAGCUAUGCUUCAUGCUAAGGAAACCGGGAUAAGCUUCGGCCGUUUGGGCCGUUACCUUAACUUAAUAAGCAAAGAAACUAUUAAUGCAUCACAUGUUCUCUGAGUACAAUUCUUUGCCGUUUAAUACACCACAGGCAGCCCAAGCUCAGUAUUAUAAUUUUAUCAUAACGCUAAUCGUAACAUUUUAUUAUUGGCCUCGGACAUAAAGUAUUUUCAAAAUAAAUACUGUUGAGAUUUAAAUUCGUGAUACGGUAAUGAUGACAAAAUGUUACCCUAAGAAAUGCAUAGGAAGAUAAAAUACAAACACGGAAAAAAAUUCUUACUUUCCGGUCCUACAAAUGUCAUGUAGGGAGCUACAAGGAAAACAAUUCGCAAACAAAUGCGUUACUUCCGAUUGCCUCCAAAUUUGGCUCAACAAAGGAAGUUGAUAGAUUUAGCCAAUCACACACCGAGUUUCAUGCCAUAUAAAUCAGUGGUCACAACGUUCGAAUUUGAAAGUGGGAGUGCAAUGGCGUCCAGUAGCAGAAGUUCACGCGAGCAAACGUUCGAUAUCGAAAAGGCUGUUCGGCGAGUUUUAGAGGAAGAAACUGACAAUGGAGGGAUGCCAAGUGAUGAAGAAAGCGAUCUGGAUAACCAGCUUUAUGAUUUGGAUAACAACUGGAGGUAAGUGAUUAGUUGAAGUUCCAUAACCCAAAAGUGAGAGUUCGUUGGAAUGUGAAUUCAAUUUUUAAGAGAAAAUAUGUCUGAAAAUAUACAAAAUACGAUCUAAGUUAUAUUUUUUUGAAAGCACUUCACAAUAAAAAUGAUUCAACCUUAUUGCGUUGCAUGUUUUACUGUCUUUUCGCUUCUAGAGCCAUUUUGAAGGCGUUUUCAUAACGGCAUCGGAGAUCGGCUCUAGGAGCCAACAGACAGACCAUUCAACAUAAACACAAGUUGAAUCAUUUUUAUUGCGUCGUUUUUUCAAAAAAUGUAAUUUAGAUCGUAUUUUGUUUAUUUUCAUACAUUCUCGAUCUAACAAAAUUCAAAUUCCAACGGACUGCCAUCAGAAGGGCCGCCAGGCUGUAAUAAAACUCACUUCGCAUGAAUUGUGUUAAAAAUGUACGAACAUAUGCCGUUUUCAUGCCGUUUUUAUGCCAUUUAGAUCAGCGUUUUGCGACCGAAACAAGCAUUAUAAUUGAAAUAAAUGUCCAAAUUUAAAUUGAUGUUCCUAAAUUUAAAGCUCCAUUCAUUUGGCCAAAGGUAUACUUUUUUAUUAUAAUAUUUUGCGACUUACUCGAAGGGACUCGUAAAUCACGUGGGGACGCGAACCUUGCGUGGAUAUCACAUACCACUCAGUUAUUUCGAUUUUCCUCCUUGUAACGCCAGAAUGUUCAUUUUUUUUUUCCUCAAUGUGGUGUUUUCGGCUUUCCAAAAAAACCUUCCUAUUUUUUUUACAAAGUUUGAAAUAUUUUAUAUAAUUGUUUUUUCACUUGUUUAGUUGGGUUUAGUGAUGAGAAAAUUUUGUUUCUUUUUUCUGCUUGUUGCGUCGCCGUUUUUAUAUAUAUAUAUAUAUAGUUUUCUGUUUUCUUUAUUUAAUUCUCAAAGUGAUGAAGAUGCUGGCAGUGAUGAUGAUGGUGCAGACAUUCCAUCUGUUGUGUUGGCUGCUCCCACAACACCUGCACCUCCUGUAACGUCAGCUGCUUCUGCAGCUCCCCCAGCUGCACCCCUGGUUGUAGAAGAAGUGCAUGAGAUUCUUUCAGGUCAGUAUUAUUUCAAUACAGUUGGUAGUUAUUGUAUGCUCUUAUUGUCAUUGAAUCAUCAUAAUGUUAUGUUUGUUUUGGUUAGGUUCUCAUCCUCCAACCAGGUUCCACAGCUCAGAUACUCCUCCUGCACGACCUGGUAAGUAAUUAAUUUUAUAGUUUUUAUAGCAUAUAAUUUUUAAAAGUUAAAUGUUGCUUGUUGUUAUUUAUAAUUGAAGUAGUGACAUGUAUGUUUAUAUUUGUGUAGCUCGCACUGUCCAUGCUGCAGAUCAGCCUACUAACCGUGGUGCUGGUCAUGGCAGAGGCCGUGCUGCUGGUCGUCGCAGACGUCGUAGUGGUGCUGCUGGUGAACGCUGUGGUGAUUCAGAGGAUGAGGCUCCCUACCUGAGCUAUGAUGACCCCGAUGUUCCGAAUCCUCUUCCGCCAUUUGUCCCAGGACGCGAUGUUGGUUUUCAGCUCCGUGGUCGUCAUUUGAGGAACACCAUGACAAGGGCUAUUGAUUUUUUUGACCUUUUUUUUACUGAUAAAAUGAUAGGUGACAUAGUUAGACAUACUAACAGUUACGCACAGGAAAAGGUCUUUUCAGGUGAAGGCUCUUCGUAUACCCAGUCUGAUGGCAGCUGGAAGGAUGUGACUGCUGAUGAAAUCAAAAGGUUUAUUGCCCUAUUGAUUCAUUUCGGUGUUGUUCAUGUCCGAGGUGAUGUCCAAAAGAACUGGAGCACGAAGACCCUUUACCAUGGUCUAUGGGCUCGUGCAAUCCUUUCCCGACAGAAAUAUUUUGCAAUCUUAGCCAUGUUGCAUGUAGUCGACCCGGCAACCAAAACACCUGGGAAUAAGCUGCGUGAUGUGGAGUCUUUUGUUACUGAUUUUAAAAAAAAAUGUAGUGAAUUGUACCAGCCAAGGCAACAUGUGGCUAUCGAUGAGCGCAUGGUGAAGUCUAGGCACAGGUCAGGGUUUCGCCAAUUCAUCAAGGAUAAGCCCACCAGAUGGGGAAUUAAACUCUGGGUACUGGCAGAUAGCUCAAAUGGCUAUACCAUUGAUUUUAACAUCUACAUUGGUAGAGCCUCAGGGCAGGAUGUCAGUGAACAUGGGCUUGGCUAUGAUGUAGUUAUGCGUCUCAUGUCUCCCUACUUCAAUCGGGGUUACCAUCUGUUCGUAGACAAUUUCUACUCAUCCCUUAUCCUUUUCAAAGAUCUGUUUGAUAGGGGUGUCCUUGCCACUGGUACCAUUUUAGAGACUAGACGUAGUUUCCCAGCCACUCUUAAAAACAGCAAAGAGUGGGCUAAGGGUAAGGAGCGGGGUUGUAUGCGCUGGGUGAGGGACCCUCCCUGUUUAGUUUUGCAGUGGGUGGAUAAUAAGGUCGUGUCCAUGAUAACAACUGUGGGCAGUGCAAAUGACCACGUCCAGGUGUCCCGGAAAGAAAGGAAUGCGGGUUCGUGGACUGAAAGACUUGUUCAACAGCCUCAAAUUUUUCAGACGUACAACAAGAAAAUGAAUGCAGUUGACAGGUCGGACCAGAUCCUUUCCUCAUUUAACAUCCAGCGUAAAUCUAUGCAGUGGUGGAAAACUUUGUUUUAUCACCUUAUUGAUAUUGCUGUGGUCAAUAGUUACAUUUUGUUUUUAGACCACCAGGCUAGGUUUCCAGAUGAGCUCGAAAGACCAGCUGGAUAUUCACAAUGUGAUUUUCGAGAUGAACUUGUUAGGCAAAUUUGUGAUUUUGAUGAAUAUGGUGACCCCCCUGUCCAUACUAGUGGGAGACCAAAGGCUCAACCUUCUUUGUUUGAAACCCAACAUCUCCCUCUUAUUUCUGAAAAAAAGAGAAACUGUGUCGUUUGUUACAAACAGGAAAAAGUGGAGAGGAAGAUUUCGACCUAUUGUGGCGCACCACAAUGCCAGGGAAAACACAUGCAUAUCACCAGGGAACGAAAUUGUUUUAAGAUUUUCCACAGCAAAGAAUAUCAAAGCAAAUAAUUUUUUAGCUCUGAAUUGCUGCAUUUUUUAGUCAGUCAGUCUCUCAGAUGAAAUUGAAAAUAAGAAAAAAAAGUUAAAAAUAUAUUUGUGAGAAAAAAAAAAGUUAAAAGUUGUAUUAAAAUUACUCACCUGCAUAUUACUUGUAAGUGUGGUCUAAAACAAAAUGAUUUACUUUUUUUGCGAGAUUUACUAAUGCUUGGUUUUGUUUCUCAUCAGGUAGAUGUACAGGGUAUUGUAUUGCAAUAGGGAGUAUCUGAGUAUUUGUAUCAAUUUCACAAGUUUAUGAUACAACAACCCUUUAGAUACGUAAACACCAGAAAUACAUUUUUAUGUAUAUCUUAAUACAAAACAUAUUGCAAAUUUUUUAUUUUUUAUUUUCUAUUUGUAGAAUACAUUCAAUAACCUUUUCAGUAGCCUGCCAGAUGUUGGCAGGGGUGGUGGUGGGUUCUUUUUUUCCAAAAUUUUUGUCAAACCUUUAAUCUUCUAAAAUCUUUCUAAAUCUGGCAUCUCGUGUCAUUUAUUGCAAAAGAUGAUCAAAAUCCUGUCUUAGUGGGUUGUUAAUAAAUUGUUUAGAAGGGCUUUUGGCAUCAUUUUGAUACCCCCCUUGUAGACACAGGAAAAAACACAAUUUUUUUCCUUUUUUUACCAUGAGUAGGUGUCACAAAAAAAAAUUGUUAAAAUUUCUAUAUUUGCUUCUUUUCAGGGAGGUUUGGCACGCAGUUGGCCAGAAAAAAAGCAAGAAAUUCAUUUUUAACAUAUCCUGUAAAAUACACUUCAUUUUGGACCACUUGGCGUUCUUUUUGAAUUUUUGGCAUUUAUUAUGCAAGUUUUUUCACUUUGAAUUUCUUUUUUGGAAACUGUAUUGAAUGUCUGGAUAGUCUGUUUUAGAGAGCUGCAAUGUAAUUUAUCUCUUUGCAAUGGGAUAUACUCUAAAACACUGCUGUAAACACCUGUAAAUAAUUUAUAGUAAUAAAAAUAUCGAAGUCGUCAAUUUUAGCCCUGUUUUUAGCGCUAAACGGCCUUCGAGGAACCGGCCCCCGGCGAGAUACUGCUGGGGGGUUAACCCUGCGAUGGACUAGCAUCCCGUCCAGGGGGGGAGUAGCAAUAUUCUUAUGCAUGCUUCAUGCUAAGGAAACCGGGAUAAACUCCGGUCGUUAUCUUUACAAGGAAGGGGGGUGGGGGUACCCAAUACCGCAAUACCGUCAGAACAAUUGGCAAAUACCGAUACCGCAUUUAUGAUCGGUAACGUUUACUUUUAAAGCGGUAUCCAUCUCGCGUGUUUGUUUAUCUCAAGCAUGUAUGCACCAGAAAUCAACCUCAGACAUUGCGAGAAAACGUUAGAGGACCUUGAUCGGUACAACGAUCGAAAAGCCCGGUCAUUGGAUGCCCUUCUAAUUUCGUCAUAUCUUGUGUAAUCAUUUAAUCAUUUGUGACAUCAUUUUAAUCAUUUAGCUUACUGUGGUUGGUGCUGCACAUUGUAUUGACCUGUAUUAGACAGGAGAGCGCAAGUAAAUGGUAUCGCAAUACCGUGAAGGUCCGUGAAGGAUCUUUUACCAAAUAUAGUUAACCAAAAGGAUGAAAUACCGCAGGGCUGGAUGAUAGCGCAAUCAUCUGACGCACAUUAAAAAUAAAAUUACCGAAAUAAAGCUCAAUACCGUAAACCCCCAUGUCUCCCUCCUUUACCUUAAUAAGCUCAGAAACUACUGCAUCACACUUUUUCCCAGUACAAUUCGCUGCCGUCACACCACAGGCAACCCAAGCUCAGUAUUAUCAUUUGGUCAUAUUUAUAAUAUGGUAUAAUAUCGCUAAUCACAACAUUUUAUUGGCCUUGAACAUGAAGUAUAUUCAGUGGUGGGGACAGAAUGUAUAGGCGUAUUUGCACGAAGUAAAUUAUUUUAUUUCUUUUCAUUCGCAGUUCGUAGCUCACCCAUUUUGCCAACAUCUUCUCAUGAGCCGAGUGUUCGGCGGUGUCCCGUACUGGCGCACGCGUGGAAUCACUUUCCGCAUCUUCUACGUCAUGACUCAAGUACUGAUCUAUCCGUUUAUGGCUUUUUUGUACUUCUUCUGCCCUUUUCUAGCAUUAAGCCGAAAAAUAAAGAGACCGUUUAUAAAAUUCAUCAACCAUACUGCAUCAUUCGUGAUUUUUCUAUCCCUCCUUGCUGCCUCGUCACACGAGAGGUUUAACAUCCGAUUUAGUCAAGUACCAUCCGCACUGGAAUGGAUUAUCCUCUUGUGGAUCCUCGGAAUAGCUUGGGGGGAGUGCAAACAGGUCCGGCAUGACGGUGUGUUCAGGUACUUAUCAAGCGGAUGGAACUGGAUGGAUAUGGGAAUGGUAGUUUUGAUCCUUGGCGCUUAUUUAGUAUGGUUUGGACGCGCCAUUGUUGGAAAAUACACUGACAUUGAUUGUGUAGCCGAUCACUUUAUUCUGAGCGCGGCAGACGGGCUCUAUGCGAUGGGCGUGGUGGCCAGCUUCUUCCGCUUGGUGUACCUGUGCCAGAUAAGUCGUUACUUGGGUCUCCUGCAGCUCAGCUUGAGUCGUAUGGUUCGAGUAAUCUUCCAGUUCGCUUUCAUCAGUGUGGUAAUGUUGAUAUCAUUUUCGGUCAGCAUGACAAUGUUAUACUCAUCCUCAUUUGAGGCUUAUGGUCAGGAAAGACCAGGGAUAAAUGACACAGACGUGAUACACAGUCUGCUAAGCAAAGGAUAUCACAGGUAAAUAACUCAUCAAAAGUCAUUAUACUUAAAAAGAUUAUGUCAACUUAGGCUAAUGACCACAAAGUUCAAGAAUUUGUCUGAUAACAAAUAUUAAAUUAAAUCAAUCGGAAAUCACCUCAACUAGGACACCACAGGGACAUGGCAUGGUGGCUAAAUGACCGUUUUCUACGGAAUCAUGUCCACACUGUAGACACUCUUAGGUAUUGCAUGUAUGAAGAAAUCGUCUACUGAGACCUUUAAGACGUAAAUAGCGCCUAGUAUCUCUGAUCGCCGCACAUAACUUACAGUCCAAUUUAUCAGCUAAGACGUGUCGUCAAGCAUAAAGGCAAGACGCCCUUAAGGUAAUGUUACACAGUACGAUUCGCAACCACGAUUUUUUGCGCAGCACAGCAUUGCAAUGUUGGAACAAUGUUGCAACCAUUUGAAGCAAUGUCGGAACAAUGUUGCAACGCUGUGUUUCGCUAAAAAUUGUUGUUGCGGAUCGUUUCGUGUAACAUCACCUUUUUAUAAAAUGACUAAGAUAAUACGCGCGUUCUGAUUGGCUGAGAGGAGUGUUUGCAUCAUAUUGUGGCGUCAAGAUGUUUUGCUUUUCGAGCGCUAAUCACGCAAGCACGGAUUUGAAAAAGUUUUCAACUUCAAAACUCGACAAGUUUACUUUAUUUACCCAUUCCUUCGUCGGCUAAAACUUGGGAAAUCGUUACAAAGAAAGUGUCUCAAUUUUUUUUCGCUAAAGCUGACAUUUUAAGCGAGAAAAGUCCGUAUUUUGGAAAGCAUCUUUUUGCAAAACAAGAACUGUUUAAGCGUGCAAAUACCUCGUGGACAAGACUUUGCGACUGGUAAGAAUUCCUCUUUUAAUCAGUACCAUACAAAGAUUUUUGCGUUUUUUCUCGGGACAUUUUUUUUAUAAAAGCAAUAGAAAACUUUUUUCCUGUGUUUGCAUAGCCUGAUAUAAAUACUCGAGGCGUUGGGAGAAUUCUUGACAGUUAUGCAAACCCUCGACUUCGUCUCGGGUUUGCAUAACUGUCUCGAAUUCUCCCAGACCCUCUCGUGUUUAUUUCAGGUUUUGCAGACACGGAAAACGUUUUCUAUUGCUUAAAUAGUCGCAGUCAACAGUCAGUUGUUAAGUAAUGGUCCAGAUAAGAAGGAAAGGACCAAAACGCAGUGAACACGUUGGAAUGCAAAAAGGUGCUAACUUUACUAUUGUCUCUACUAAGGUUCUGAUUGGUCUAAACAUCAAAUUUUACGAAAUCUUCGCAAAGCAGCAUGUAUGUUAAUCCAUUUUUUCUAUCCAACUUCCUUAUAACAAAAUCUCGUCUGAGUCUAAGUAACACAAAAAUCGUAUGUGCGGAUGAUGUAAAAUUGUGAACAUUUCUUGGCCAUUGUUUGCUACUCUUGUGAUUGGUCGAAAUGUUUUAACACAAAAAUACACCCUUUAAAAGUGGAGUUUAAAUACAUUUUCUUUCGUAAACAGCCUUUUUAUAGAUUUAUGCAUUCUCUGCGUAAAAAUGGAAACAUUUCUAUGUGAGGAAAGCGUAUUGCGCCACAACAAAAGAAAGUACUUCCCUUCUUACCUGGAUCAUUACUUAAUCCCUCUACAAUAGAUAAUUCCGUUUGUCUCUGUUUCAGUCUAAUCACAACAAUGGUAACCCUGAUGUGGGCAAGUUUAGACAUGAUUACACUUGAUAGCUUAUUAGAGGUCUUCAAAGAUCAGAGCCUGAUCCGAAUCUGGACAGCGAUUCUCUUCACUCUUUAUCAUGCCGCCUCACUUAUUGUGCUUCUUAACAUGCUGAUUGCAAUGAUGAGUAAUUCAUACCAGCGUGUGGAGGUAAGCUUCACCUGUAAAAAAACGGUCAAACAUUUGUCUUAAGCGCGCGGCACGGGUUGGGUGGGGUGGGGAAGGAGAGAGGGAAGUUUAGCGGAGAUAGAGGAGGGAGGAAAAAGCUCUCUCCCUCUUUCACCCCUGGCAUUUGUCUCCCCAUCUCUCUCUGGUUUUGCUCUUAAGUGAAGGCUGAUUUGUCUCAUAGAAGAGCUUUAUGGUUUUAAUCUAGCGUGCGUGCCACGUAUGCUAAGCAAAGCGUACUCAAUGAAUUACCGUAACUGCGUUUGGAAUAUCCCUUCGCCUUGAUUAGCCAACUAAACCAUGGAACAAAUCUUAGCAAUACGCAGCUGGAACCCAGAACAAGGAUUUCGUUGUCGCAGAAGUUUAAUUUCGUCUGCGGGCUAGCUUUAAUCUUGCCUGCAGUCAAAAAAGGAUCAACAUCUCUAAUACUUAAUAACACCCGUUUUAAUUUGUACUGCGCCAAAUAUAUUGACUGCUUUAUCUAUAUAAUCGACUUUGAUUUCCGAUUAAAUAGUUAACUCUCUCGCAAUGGACACCUUCCUAAAACAGACACUCUUGAUUACUGCGGAUUGGUAACUGCCGUUCUUCAGUCCUUUCCUCUAACUGCCGAUUAACCGAGUUAGCAAGGACGGUGCAGUGGUGAAAUCACUCGCCUCGAUCCACCAAUGUGGCCCGGGUUCGAUUCCUGGCCUCGAAUCGCGUCAUGGGUUGAGUUUGUUGUUGGUUCUCUCCCUUGCUUCGAGAGGUUUUUCUCCGGGUACUCCGGUUUUUCCCUCUCUUUAAAUUUAUUCCAAUUCGAUCAGGAACUCACGGACACGUUUCAACGAGUUCUCAUGAACUCCUAAGAGCUCCGUAGGUAAACAAAAUUGCAAUUACAACUCUCCAUAAAGCAGAUGCUUCUCUUAAAUGGACCCUCGGUACGGUGCCCAUCUUAGAGAGGGUUGUAAAAUAUUGCGUAAAAUACUUGGGUACUAUGCUGUAUUCAGCUCUAAGAAACCAAUCAUAGCCAAGCAUAGCGCCAUUCAAAUCACUUAGACCCUUGCCGCACGUACUUACAUACAGAUCCCCCUAGUUUAACUUUUCUUCCCAACGCGUGCGUACACCUUCAAGUCUCACGCUACGUCCCUGAUUUGUUUGUAGGAUAACAUCGAAACAGAGUACAAGUUUGCCCGAGCGCAAUUGUGGGCGGACUAUAUAGGGGAUGGGGUAGCUACCCUACCUCCCCCUCUGAAUCUAAUUCCGUCUCCAAAGACUAUUGUGAGAUGGGUAUUUAAACUGACAAAUAAGUGCUUUGGAGUUCCACAACGUCUACCGUGUUGUGUGAAGGUGAGUAUCCUUUCAAUGUUAGUAAAUUUCUACAUACCGUAUUUACUUCCGUGUCAGUGGAUUCCAUUCUUUGCUCCUACUUAUUUACUUACGCUACGGUCCGAAUCAGUACCUGUUACCUCUACACCAAAGUGUGGCACAGAAACUAGGGACUUAACGAUCCGAUGACGCGACGCCAGCGAAGACGUCGCUUCACAAAUGAAUUUGCGUUCUUUCGGUCUUUUUCGCGAUUACUCCAACUCACGUACUUUGUCAAAGGUUGGCGAACCCUCCCGGAGUUGAAUUUCUAAGAACCAUAUUCAAGUUUAGAAAGAGAAUAAAAGUUUGUCGUCGCUUGUUUACGUCCUCCCUAAAAAGUAAAAUUAGGCAAUUUCACUUCGUAGUCUUGCAGAAACGGCCAAGAAAUUUACAAAAAAGUGAGAUGCACGUGCAAAGUUGUUGUUUUGCCUACUGAACCUGUUGUUGUUUGACGUUCUCGUUGCAGUCACGUAGUGGGAUUGUAAAGUCCUUACUAUCCGAUACAUGACGCGCCACUUUAGAGAUCGGCGCGGCGUAGCUUCGCUCAGUUAAUUUACAAAAAUCGCACCGAAAUCACAGUUUUUGUGUGUGAACGGAAAACCUUAUGCGGUAUAGGUAGCUCAAGCGGCCGUAAAUUUCAAUUGCGAAUUCGUCUCCGUUCAAUGACAAUUUAAUAUGAGUCGAGCUAAAAGAAACUAGAUGUUAACUAUGGUUGAGAUUUUUCAAUGAGUAGCUUUCCACUACUUAAUUUUUUUUGCCUGUAAUGUACACACAGGGAACGUUUCGUGUUUAUCAACAACGCAGUAUGGAUGUGGAACAAAAGAAGCAAUGUUAUCAGGUGAGAAAGUAAUUUUUUUUAAAGAAAUAUGUGGCUGUGGGCUUUAUUUAACAAAUCGACAUCACGAUUGUUCAUGGUCUGCACUGUUAUCAAUUAUAGACGUCAUAAUGUUCAAAACUCAAGUGGAACUACGAGCCGCUGGCGGGUGGUUUCACUGCAAAGCGUUUUUUUUUACAGUAACAUCGGCAGUUUUGACGUCCAUUUCCGUUAAAGUUACACGGAGAAUGGCGCGCGUGAGAAAGAGAAAAACAAAUGGCGCCAUCAUCACGUCAUUUCCAUGGUAUUUUCUCGUAUCUAACAUAGCUCUCGACCAAUCAUGCAGCGCGCGAAAAAUCGCUCAGUUAUUGUAAAAAGAUCGUUUUUAGAUGGCGUCACGUACAUUGGUUUUCCAAGUCAAUAAAUGGGCUUUCUACCAUGAGCACUCUUUGAGACCAAAAUCUGCAAUUCACCGCCCCCCUUCCAACCCCCUUCAGCUCCUUAAGCGAGACGACAUGGCUCCCUUUGCGUGGUAUAUGGGGGUCUUUUCCUCCGGACCAGCAAGUAAGUAAAACCAAGUGAAUAGUGCAGAAAAAAAAUAAUGUGCCUGCUUAGUUAUGUUAUGUAAUUGGCGUUUUAAGACUAUCAUAUUUUGCUCUCUUAGAAUGUUGUUCGGGAACUUAUCAGUCGUUAUUGGGCUCGACGUCGUCUUAAGAAAAACUCAUCAGAAAACGUCAACGCUGAUGAAAUGGCUGCGAUGGCAACAGUAAAGGAAGAGGUUGCAGAUAUGUUGAGUGAAAUAAGAAACAUUCUUUCAACAAAUAAACGAAACAAGAGUCGAGAGAGGAUGUUACGUUUUGAGCCACAAGUCACCUUAGAGGUAUAA